AUGCGAAAGUUCUUCUCGAGCAGAUGCGUCACCGGCAAGAAACAAGGAGGAAAAGUGGCGGGGAAAGUGGUAGGCAAAAUUCGGCGACUUAUGAUGGUCAAGGAUGAGAAAGACGAUAGGUUCAUGGGUGGGGAUGAGGUAUCUUCAGGUUCUGUCUCGACGGCUCCUGUCUCGUUCUACAAUUCUUUUAUUUCAAAAUAUUCCAUCUCAUCUUGUACAUCCGAAAGUUCGAGCGAAAAAGAUCCUGCGUGUCUAACUGAAUAUUCAUCGUCUCCGGACCUAACAGAGUAUGACGAUGUUGCCCCGAGGAACAAAAUUGAGACUCUUAUUGCUUCGAAUUGGGGUGAUAUUGUUCUUGAAUACUUGAGCCAUUCCAAAUUCCCCUACGAAAAUCCAACUUCAAAUUUUUCCGAUGCUCCAUUGCUUAGUAAUGUUGGAAUAGAGAAAGAAUAUGAUGAGAUAUUAUCUCAAAGUUCUUCUAGUUCCAGUUUGACCAUUACCGGUAACUCCUACCAAGAAGAGGUCCUGAUAUUGGAUGAUGUUUUUAAAAUGGAGCAUUCUGGCCGUCUGAGAAUGCCAAACUUACCGGGACAAUACGAGCAUCAAAAAUAUUUCAAUCCUGCACUGAUUCCUGAUGUCCAGAACCAACAUAAUCGACCGGGAGUUUCUGAUAUGGACGUUGUAGUUGGCGACAAUAUUUCAACGGGGCCUUCAACCGAAUCAACUGUCAAUGAAACCCACCCCCACCAUGGAUCAACUCCUAAAUCAAUGAAUGAUCUAGAAGGGUUAGACGCUACUGUUGCUAAUAUGGGGAGGCAGAAAGAUUACUGGGAGGAUCAUCGUAAUCGAUCCGAGAUAUCGAAUAUAGUUGGCCGCGAAGAAAGCAUCACCAACAGCAAUGGCACACACAGAAAACAGCUUUCGUGGAACAUCAAGGGAAUCCAUGAGUCUAUCGACAAAGGCAUGACUCCACUUCAGCUCCAUGACCACAAUACUGGUCGACAUGCUGACAAUUUCUAG